CUCGAGUCGCAUCAGCAGUCGUCACCAUUGUGGAGAGUCAGAAGCUCUAAAUUUACCUAGGAUGUCUAUCUACUUCAACACAUAUUCCUUCCAAAUCUUCGACCUCGAGAAAUCCUAGAUUUAGGCUCGUGAGUCACUUCUCGUCAGGCGCAAAACCCCACAUCGCGCUUCUGUUGGAGUACAACAAAUUUCAUUCAACCACAAUUACAAUUUACAACUGCCUGCGGAGCAAUCUUCUGUAAUCACAGUUCCUUGGCAAAGUCACAGUUCACGAAAUCCGUACUUCGGUACUGCGAACGACAGUAUGCCCUCGUCAGACCCUCCCACGGCGGAGUCCGCGCCCCCACAAGCUCCUUCCCCAGCGCAAGGGAAAGGAAAUACGGCGAAGCAACCAAAAGGGAAAGAACCCGCGGCACCUACAGAUGGACCAAAGCUUUCAGGUGCGGAAUUGAAGAAGCGAGCAAAGGAAGAGAAAGCUGCGCGACGAGCAGAGGCAUUACUCGCAAAGGGAGCCGCUGUGCCAGUCGUACCCCUAACGCCAGGACAGCAACCAAAAGCCGAAGGGCAAAAGGGUGCUAAAGGACAGCGACAACAUCAGAGAGGUGGCUCGACGUCAGUGGAAUUGAGAAAUCUGCCGGUUCGGGGAGCGCAGAAGGUUGUACCUGGCCCUAUUGCCACGGAGCCGAAGAAAGAAGACAAGACAGUGGAGUUCUUUAGACAUUUAUACAAGACGAGGACGACGUCUAUUGCUGGGGCGAGUAAGGAUGUUCAUCCGGCGGUUCUGGCUUUGGGGUUGCAGAUGAGCAAUUAUACGAUUUGUGGAAGUUGUGCGAGGCUUGUUGCUACAUUGCAAGCUUUCAAGAGGGUCAUCGAGUCAUAUACUACACCACCACAGAACUCACUAAGUCGACAUCUCACAUCACAUGUUCUCUCACCACAAAUUGAAUAUCUGUCAUCAUGUCGCCCCCUGUCAAUUUCUAUGGGAAAUGCUAUUCGGUGGCUGAAGCUUGAAGUAUCAAAGGUCGAUGUCAGUGUUCCAGAUGCAGAAGCCAAGAAGGGCCUCUGCGAUGCCAUCGAUGUGUUCAUCCGGGAGAGAGUCACGUUCGCAGACCAAGUCAUUGCACGCAGUGCUGCAGAUAAGAUUAAGAACGGAGAUGUGAUCAUGACAUACGCAAAAAGCAGUAUUGUUCAACGGGCACUGGUCACAGCACAUGAGGAGGGUAAGAAGUUCAGAGUCAUAAUAGUCGACUCGAGACCAUUGCAUGAAGGGAAGCACUUAGCAGCAGCGCUGGUGAAGAUAGGAAUGGAUGUGAAAUAUUGCCUAAUCAACGGGUUAAGUCACAACAUCCAAGACGUUACGAAAGUGCUGCUAGGGGCUCACGCUAUGAUGAGCAACGGACGCCUAUUUUCAAGGAUAGGAACUGCCCUCGUGGCAAUGGAAGCCAACGAAGCAGACAAGCCAGUGAUUGUUCUUUGCGAGACAAUCAAGUUUACGGAGAGGGUGGCUCUGGAUUCGAUCGUUCACAACGAGAUUGCACCCUCGGAUGAGCUGGUGAUACCUGGUGGUCCACUGGAGAAUUGGGGAGAUAUCAAGAAGCUGCAGCUUUGCAAUCCGAUGUACGAUGUUACGCCCGCGGACUACAUCCAGAUGAUCGUCACGGAGUCUGGGAAUGUGCCGCCAACUUCGGUGCCUGUGCUACAUAGAUUAGGGAAUGAGAGCCAGGGUUAGAGGAGUGGUAGCGACGAGAUGGCAUAAUGGCUGGAGGAUUGCAUGGGAUAGCAGCUGCUUCCUGUAAGAUAGUGUAAUGAUGGUCUGUCCUAGAAAUCAGACAGAACUGGCCUCGCAACAUAUCCACGAAAGGAUCUUCUUGAUGUAAUUUUGAUCUUGUUUUCUCUUCUAGAGCAGACGCCCGGAUCAACCCAUUGUGACUUUGUACAAAUCGCCCCUCCAUCAAUUGCCCUCUAACCUUCUAUUCCUCAGCCUCAGCAGCCUCCCUCUCAGCCCUCCUCGCCCUCUUCUCCAACAGACUCGCUCUCCUCGCCCCUAGAAUCUUCUGCUGUCUUUG